AUGGUGUUCAAUGUAUUUCUUUGCUUGUUGGGAUGUUUGACGGUAUAUGCAGGAAGAAUUAAGCUAGGGGGUGUUGUUCAAGAAAACACAGAACCCAUUUCUAUUCAACUUUCAAAUAUAAACUGUUCGGGAGACGGAGCACUUGUGUUUCGAGGCGGCGAUCCAACCUCUUUUUUCGGUUCCUUAUGUCUUCCUCCACCAGGAACUGUUAAACAAUGUGCCGUUAUAAACGUUGGUGCGUUAGAAGCGUUUGUGUGCCCGCAGAAAAGCUACUUCAAUGGAAUCAAUUCUGACGGGGGACAAAGACGGAUCAUUUGCUGUUCUGUGUUUGGAGUUUCCUACAAUGACAAUGAAUGUGGAAGUUGGUUCCGAACGCAAGAAAACUUUGUAUCACCCUUUGGGCCAGGAUAUUUAGUCACCGGAAGGCAACCAAUUCCAGACGGAAUGGGGGGUAAUCUUGGUUUCGUCAUCAGGGAAUGCCUAUAUAGAAAAAGUCGCUACAAGUUAAACUAUCAAAAAAAUAUCUACCAUUUUUCAAAAUAAAUGUGCUUAAAAUUUC